AUGGAUUUCCAGGUCUCGAAAUUCUUCAUGGACCUCAUCGACACAUCCCCACUUCUGACGUACAUGAUUGAACUUGCCAAACACGGAAUGGAGAAUGGCCCUUCUACGCGUAUCAGCAUCCCCGCGCGUCUCCAGCGUCUGCGGACACACGCGGAGGCGUGGAAGACCUUGAACUUCGAAUCCGUGGAAGAGCUCAGCAUGUCUGCGAUGGAUGACUGGGAGCUAACGGACGGAGUACUCGCUCGUGGGUAUGGGCCGCAUAUGUUGCAGUUCAACGAGCUCCCAGGGCAUAGUAGGGGCAUCCCUGCGGCGGCGUGGGUCCUGAGGUUUGAGUUCCCCGUUCGGAACUUCAGGAUGGAUCCCUCGCAGGACCUUCUCAUACUGAUCGAGUUUCCGGAAAGUAACGGUGCUGCACCACCGGCACCCUGCAAGAUCCACAUUCGGACGCUGUCGGAGGGUACCCCCCAUCCGCUGGCUCGGAAUCCCGAAAUUGUAAUCCUGCUCCAGUAUUAUUACAGCGAGGAUUGUAUCUCCCACUUGCUCAUAUGCGGGGACAAGUUCGGAUACAUGUCCGAAUACGAACGGCCCGAGGAAGAGCCCGGCGACGACAUUGACCUUUUCGCGUACAACUGGCGAACCUCCGAGUCACUGCUGCAUAUGUACGCCGUCAACCAGCCCCUCGAGACAUUCGCGUUCUUGUCCGACCAGUACAUCCUCCUCGUCGUGGCCGAAGGGUCUCGCCCCCGGUUGGAAGUGUACGACCUCUCCACCACAUCUUCUGCGCGCACAGAAUGGACCGGGCAGGACUACCUCUGCGCGUUCACCUACGCGCCCAUAAGCACCAACGACUCCAUCAACAUCGCCAUCCAGUCCGCGCCCUCCCCCUCCUGGUCCUCCUCGCCCUCGCCCUCCUCCGGCAGCAACGUCCCCUUCCACUCCGCGCGGUCCACGCGCGUGCUCGCGGUAUCGUACGAGUACAUGAACCCCAGCCCGCAGGCGCCGCCGCAGGAGGAGUGCCACGGCGUCGUCAACCUCGUCCCAUACGUGCACCUGCUCGACAUGCUCCCGACGCGCGCGGAGGGCGCGGGCACGACGUGGCUGUGGGACGCGUGGGGCGCGGCGCGCACGUUCGUGCUCGCGGAGAUGACGCCGGACAUGUGGAGCGCGUGCGUGCACGGGAGCAGGUACGUGCACCUCGCGGUGGUGAGCGGGCAGGACAGGGUCGUCGCGGAGAUUCUGGAUUUUCGCGCCAUGGCUGCUGCGGCGCGCUCGUUUCGAAUAUCACCAUCACCAUCGAGCGAGGACGUUCCACACGCCCGGCCGGAUGAUGGCUGGAUGUACGCGGCUUAUGGGGUUACGGUGUCGACGACGAAGGAGGAUGAUAAUGAUCGGUGCGUGAUGAUAAGUGAGGAUAGCUUGGUGAUAAUGGAAGAAAAAGAGGAUGGGGGGAGGACGUUCAGGGUUUGCAGUCUUUGAUCCGUGCGGCCACAUGGAAUUGUAUACAUCAGUUAACCAAGUCUCGUCCACUGCCUAAACCUGACGAUUGGAGCGUACGGC